AGUGGAAAAGUGUCCAAGUAGUGUGGUUCACCUGUGCCGUGGACCUGAAGACAGCGCAGCGUGGGUGAGCUUUGGACGGAUUCAGCGUUGUCCGACACCGCCACCUAGUGGUCAUUUGAGGCGUUACACAGCAGGCAACCAAGUGUAAACUAACAGCAGGAGGCUUGCAGGAAUAAAGAAGAAAGGAGAGGAAACACUAGAGCGGAGGGUCUGUUGAAAAGGAUCAAAGGUUUGCUUGUCAAGUGUCCCUCUAAGUUUGGACAGGACCUGUAGCUGGAUUGAUUCAUCGAGGAAUGUGAAGAAAUCCCACCACUAAGGUAAGCGAAGAAGAUCUCAUUUCGGCAUGUUUAUAUAUUAGACACUUCAGCCAUCUUGCCUGUUGCCCUGUUAGUGUUGUCAAACAUUAAACCACAGGGAGUUCAACCCUCAAAGAGUCGUGUCGUCGGUGGAUGAGCUCAUUUACUGGAUAAUGAUGUGCAUUAUGGUGAGUCACAUGUAAUAAUGUGAGAGAAAUAACUCCUCUGUGCCAUCUCCGCAGGGACCAAAAGAUCAUUAGAGACUUGCAUAACAGGGCUAACAUCACAGUCGUGAUCACACAAACAUACAGACUAAUUGAGAUGCUGAGCUGAAAGAGCUGCAUCAGAUGCAUCAGUGCUCUGUUUACACUUAUUUAUUCAUCACUCUCUCCAUUCAUUUGUCUUUUUUUAUGGAACAACAAAAAAGCUUAAAUCUUGUGUGACCUCCUGCUCAGACUUUUCUCUUCUGUCUGGCUGCGCUGCACACAGAUCUGACUGGGAAGCUGUGAAUUAUGCAGAGAAGUGAGAAGAGAAGGAGUGUUGACGAGAUGCUGGAAAGAGAGCAGAAGGAGGAAGAGGAGGACGAGGAGGAGGAUGAAGAGGAAGUUGUGGUUGUGAGCCUUGGACAAGAGAUGAAGGGCCGGGAAGAGCAUGGAUCCAGCUCACUUAUCACUGCCUGUCGUAAAGGCAUGACUGAGGUGGUAGAGCGGUUGCUGAUGGCUGGGGCCGACAUGACCCUGUGCGACUGCAGCCAGCAGACGGCGCUCCACAUGUGCCCCCCUGAGCUCCAGGGAAAAGUGCUGGGGUGGAUGUCGAGGCCUCACCUGCCUCCCCAGGCACAGCUGCGGCAGGCUGCCUGGCAGGGAGACCUGCACUGCGUACAGAACCUCCUGGCUCAGACAGACGGGUUGGAUGUGGAUGUUCCUAACAGCGAUGGUGUGACAGCUGUGAUGCUUGCUGUUCGGGACAUCAGCCUGUUUGAGGCCAUAGAGACACAGCUGCCAUGGGAACACAGACCCGUGGAAGUGCUCAAGGAACUACUGGGACUGCCAGCUAAUCUGCAGGUUCGAGACCUCAGAGGCUGUUCUGCUCUCCACUACGCUGCCAACAUCAACAGCCCUCUGAAGGAGGAGAUCGUUCAAAUGAUGGUCGAGGCCCUGAGUCACGCAGAUGCUGACCCCAUGUUACUCCCAGCCCACGACAAAUACUCCUGCCAGGAUUUGGACUCAGAGUUUGGCGAUUCGGACAUAGAGUUAGACCUCGAGAGCUUCUACACUCAUCGGUCGACAGAUGCCUCCCCCACAGGGACACCAAACGAACAACGCGGCUUUCUACUCCACACGGGGGAAGUGCUGGAGUCUCAAGGCCAACCUCCUCUCUCUGACCAUCACAAAGGCUUCAGCCAAGAUAAGGGGAUCCCCUUCUGUUUCCAAAAUGCCAUGGAAACACUGAGAGACAUCAGGCAAGCCUACCAGGAUGCAGGGAGGGGAAGCAGAGGUGAUAUGUCCCUGCCGAGCCUGAGCGACAACAGUAGACCCUACCUGGAUCCAGCUCCACCAUCCGCUUUGCUGAGUGCCAGGACCUCCUGUCUGCCGGAACAAACCGGACUCAGGCAGAGAACAAGAAGUGUUGUUGCUGCGUCCCCAUCCUCCCCUCGCCUGCUGUCUGUGGCCAAGUCUGGCUCCAGAGUCCAGCUCAGCCGAUCCGCCCCCAGCAUCAUGGAACCACUACUGUGUUCAAGCACUGUGAUCCAGGCCAGAGCGCACAUCCAGAGCCGUCUGGGUUCUCAAGAUACUGUGAAUGAACCAAAGGUGAAUUUCAACCAAAAAAACAUCCUCAUAUCAGCUUCUCCUGUUUUUCACUUCAUACUUAUGUAUAUUUUAGAUUUCGCCAGUCAAUGUCCUUAUUCUCCCCAGCUCUCGCAGGGUGUCUCACAUCCUAGAACACCCAAGCUGUUGGCUCCACUAGACAGCAGGCCCAGGGAUAUUGCAGCUCUGCCAACCCUAAAGCACCUUGUUCCUCUGAAGCCCAUCAGUCGGAGCCCCCUUUGCUCCUGGACCCUGAGGCGAGAGAAGCUGUCCUGGGGAAGCUCACGCACUGGCCCACUGACCACUAAGGGUGGCAGUGAGGAGAGCGGGUCCAGCAGCAGCCAGAGUUCCAUCGAUCUGGAGGAUGAGGAGGAGGACGGUGAGAGGGAUACGCAUGAGAGAGCAUCAGGAGAAAGCCCUGUGAACUUUGUUGGAAAAGGGACGUUGCAACAUUCAAACGACGUUUGCUCCACCGAGAAUGAUUUGACUGAGGGGGCAAGGUGGCAUUUUAAUGGUCAGUCAAGUAUCAGUCAUAUUCCACCCAUUCAUAGAUCAGCACAUAACCUGAAUGUAGAACCCCUCAAUCAUGCAAGUGACUAUCAUAGCAAAGCUAUAAACUCUCAUUGUGAAGGGAAAGCCAGCAAUAUGAGUUACACGAAAAAGCUUGUUGACAGUCAGUCCUUUAAAAAACAUACCAAUACACGACAAGGAGACUUUGUGAAUCCUGCUCAAGACACUGUGAAUGAAAUGAAUGAAAUACCAAUCAAGCCUAAUGAGGAAAAGAACGAUGUAGCUCACACUACAGAACCUGAGACCAUGAUUAGCCAUGGGAGAACAUUUCAUAUGACUUCUGAUCAGGGUGAUGCUAUUAUAUGCUCUGAAGGUAAUUACAGCAUUAGCCUGCAGAAUAUAAAACAGUCUGAAAGAGCAAUGAAGGAUUAUGUGGUUGAUAACCCAGUCCCUCACGGGGAGCAGACAAGAGAGGAGAGAACUCAGCCAUUUACUUCAGAUGUAAACCUUCCCCAGUCAGAUAAGCAUGCUGAGAAAGAUGACAGGCUGUUAAAAUUAAAGCCUGUCCGAAGCAGAGAGAGAAAAACCGGCAUGAACACUGAACUCAGACAAAAUAUUCAAAUGAACCGGCAGUCCUUCAACAUACUAGCACUAUACAAUGACCGAAGCAACCUAAAUCGAAACAAGUCCAAAAGCAAUCUGAAGUACUCUUUACAUUCCACACAAGUUAAAGAUAAAACCAGGAAAAGCCCAGAGUUAAUAAUUAGUGGAGAGACAGUCACAAAAGUAAAAUCAAAGCUGAAAUCUGUCAAAAGUGCUCCUUGUAGCAUCGGCAGUCCAUCGCCACGAAAAAACAUGACUGAUCAUGCACAGAACAAAAGAGCAAAUCUUGACAAGAUGAGCAGCAGCAGAGGUCAACAGAGUGAGUUGAAGAGCACCCAACAGUUGAAGAGACAUGAUCUAGCAGGGACGCUAGAGCUAGCUAUAAGGUCUAAAUCUGCUGUGGACUUCAUCACCUACAAAGACAUGUUUCAGCAGAUACAAAGUGGGGAUGAAGGACCGGCCAUCUUUGAGAUGUUUGCUGGACCUAUCUAUGAAAAUCUCAGAGUUUCCAGCUCCUGUGAGAAAGUUAAGGACAGACAAGUGCAAUCUGCUAAAGUCAGUAACAGACCAUUGAAACAACCAACGAGUAAACUGAGGAGAAGUCCAGGAGAGAGAAUGGUGGUUUCAUCUAGAAGCAAAUCAAAGCCAGUCAAAAGCAAACCUGUGACAAGGAAAGGCCCACGCAAAAUGAGCAAUGUGAUUAAACUGGAUGGGCACACAGAGUCAGCUCUCUCUAAGGAUGUUGACAUUUUUCAUAAUAACGCUCAAGACAAAGCUGAAGAUCAUAAGUUGUCUACCAUAGAGGAGGCUCUGUCUGGCUAUGAAUCUGAAACCUUAAAACCUGAGGAAAAAACAGCAGCAACUUCCUCUCAUGCUGAAGAUUAUAAUCACAUGCACACAAAUGAUCAAAAUGGGAAUUCAUCAAUUAGAAAUCCAAACCAACCAGUUCCUGAGCCCAAACUGUCUCGAAGCCUCCAACAGCCGAAGAUCAACACCUGGACGUCGUCUAGCAGCUUCAGCCAUACCAUUAUGUCACCAGUUUACCAGAAGUUUCUGGAUGAGGUGGGGGAAGGGCCGCUUACAGAUGACCUGUUGCAAUGUCUGGCUGAGGAACUGAUCUCAUUGGAUGAAAGGGAUGCAUCCAUUGGCACGUGUCCUGAAAAGUUGGGACCAAGCAAAGAGGACUCCAGCAGGGAAGCCAAUCUGGUAUGCAGAAAUACAUUUCCUGAGGUUAAUUCAGUAUAUAUUGCUGAUCUGCAUGGCUCUGGAUUGGUUGUAGAUGACUCCAUCACAUGGACGAAGGGUGAAGUUCUUGGCAGGGGAGCAUAUGGGAUUGUGUACUGUGGUCUGACCAGCCAGGGCCAGUUGAUAGCUGUGAAGCAGGUGAACCUGGAUGCCUCAGACCCUGACGCUGCAAAAAGGGAGUACAGUCGUCUGCAGGAGGAGGUGGAGCUGCUCAAAACCCUUAGACACAACAACAUUGUAGGCUUCAUGGGGACCUCACUUCAUCAGCAUGUGGUUUCCAUUUUCAUGGAAUACAUCCCAGGAGGAUCCAUCGCUAGCAUCCUUCACAGGUUUGGUCCUCUGCCAGAGCGUGUCCUGUCUCUGUACACCCAUCAGAUCCUGAAGGGGGUAGCCUACCUUCACCUGAACAGGGUGAUUCAUCGUGACUUGAAGGGAAACAACGUCAUGCUGAUGCCAACUGGUGUCAUCAAGCUCAUAGACUUUGGCUGCGCCCGGCGUCUCAGCUGCCUGAACCACACUGCUAGCAACAAUGCAGAUCUGCUCAAGUCUGUCCAUGGUACACCUUACUGGAUGGCACCAGAGGUUAUCAACGAGACAGGAUAUGGCAGGAAGUCAGACAUAUGGAGUGUGGGAUGUACAGUGUUUGAGAUGGCCACAGGGAAACCUCCCCUGGCACACAUGAACCGGGUGGCUGCAAUGUUCUACAUUGGGGCUCAAAGGGGGUUGAUGCCCUCGUUACCAGAUGGGUUUUCAGAUAAUGCCAAGGAUUUUGUAAAAAUCUGCUUAACAAGUGACCAGAGUCUACGGCCAUCUGCAGACCAGCUGCUGAAGCAUUCAUUCACCUCCCAAACUGAGACUGCAGUGAACUCCAGGAAAACACAGAAAAAGAACUGCUGUGGUCAACCAGAGGGACUGUGCAGUUAACAAAGUGAUACGCUCCGAAUAUUUCACAAGUUCAACGGAACAUUUAAUGAUUUAAUUUAACGACUGGAGACUCAAAGCAUAAAGCUAUCUUUUGUGUCCCUUGGAGGGCCUUGCCACCGCGAAUCCCCACUGGUACACCAGUAGUGUGUGUGUGUGUGGGGGGGGGGGACUGAACUGGGAUUGUGUCCUAGACAAAAGUUUAUCGACAACAAACGGUGAUUGCAAGCUUAAAUUCAAAUGGAAGCACUUUUAUAAAUUUCAUUUGGUACAUUAAUAGAACCUAUAAAAUGUGAAGACUGAUGACAGAUUUUUACUAGUGACUUUGGGUAUUUACUAAAGCAAUCUUACAAAUGUGCCAAUAAUAUGAGUACCUUAACUUUAAAUUUAUACUGUGUAACUCUAGGUCUCUGUGCUAUGAUAUUUACAUUUUGAUAAAAUGUGUUUAAGGCAUACUCAAGCACAACAUACAAGUUAAUUUCCAUAAACUACAUUUUUCAGUGCAUAGUGUAAACUUCUUCCCAUUAGCUCUCAUCUGAUGAGUUAAUUAAGAAUCAGUGUGUCAAAGUGUAACAGACUGAGCUACUGGCAAGCAUUUUUCCUUGUAUUCAAAUCUACAAAUCAGUAAAUUUCCAAUUUCCUAAACUCUUCCAUGAUGCAUAUAUGAAUAAUAAAAUGACAGAAACAACCAGGGUUAAUACUAUGUCAGGAUAUUGGCAACCUUGAAAUUUAUUUGUCAUACUGAAAUGAAAGGAAAAAUGGAUGUAGAGUGAAGCAUGUUCAUUAGCCCCCAGGUGCUCAGCUGUAAGUUGUAAUUGAGGUACAAACAAUCCAGCCUGAGGCAUAGUGUAUUUUGCUCACUCUAAAUAAGUCAAGAACAGAGGGGACACUUGUGUCAAGAGUAGAGAACAAUAUAGUUUAAUGUAGGAAACUAAAGAAGUGUCUGGACAGGUACAUGCCUGCAAAUGUAAAUUCAAUCAGCUGGAUGAAGACAUCAGUGACACACCAACUAGGGAUGUCCACACUGCAAAAUUGAGCUGAGUUCGUCCAGCAGGUCAUGUUGCAUAUGGCCAACUGGUUACUGUUCAGGGAUGGAAGUGAGCCAAAAGCUUUUCCUGUUUACGUUUGAUUGAAUAAUACUUACAUAUAUCUCGUUUAUGGGCUGACAUCUAUGGGCUACAUUUUCAUGUCAUUAAAUUAUGUCUGAUGCUC